GCUGCGAACAGAGAGGUGGGUACACAGUGGCUCCUGGCCAAAAACACAAGCGACGAGCGUCUCCUUUGUGGCGUAGGCGUGACGCCAUGUUGUGAAAAGUGUCUGGCAAAAAUAAAAAUCCAACCGAGAAAAUAAAAUAACAAAAGUGAAAAUUCGCAAACAAAAACUGCACUCGAAAAGUCCAUCCAAAAGCCAAUUUCAGUUUUAGAACCAAUUUCAUUGAGCAGAAGAGAGGGAGGCAGCUGCUAGCUCGUGAAAAUGGCCAGCAGUUUUUUGAGAUCCCAGAUCCCCUCCUGGACGUCAGCGGCCAUGAUGGUGAUGCUGCUCCUUGGCGUGAUUAUGCAGUGCAUCCAGGCGACACCGCAGCGCACGGCUGCCUAUUCGCUGCAGGCGGCUGUGGACGAACUGCAUCGACGGGAGGCGGCCAAGUAUCCGUUGAAUGCUCCGCCACCGCCAUCCCUCGACGAUUGGGACGAAGAUGGCGAUUUAUUUGGCAAGAAUAGGAAUCGGAAUCGCCAUCGAGUUAACAAGGCACUCGGCAAGUACUUAGAACGCGAGGACGAGGACAACUACGGUCAGGAUCACAACCUGGGUCUGGGCUUGGGUCUGGGAUUGGGACUGGGACUGGGCCACAGUACGGAUAGUGCGAAUAAUAAUCUGCUUUUGGCCGAUGAGAAGAGAAAGCGCUUUUCUUCUUUUCGGGAACGUGACGAGCAGUUCGAUGGACCCGUGCCAUCGGUUUUCCGUGAGCGUGAGAAUCAGCCCUUGAACGCCGAGCCCUCACACAACGAGCUGACGGAGCAGUUCCUGCGCGAAAUUGAGGAGGCCAGGGAACGGGAUGCUGUGCGUCAAUGGUGGCGUCACCUGGACCAGGCCAAGAACCAACAGGACCUAGAGCCAGAGCUCCAGCCCCAGGAUGCUGAGCUCUUCGAGCAGAAGAAACGCAUGCGAGUGCCGCCCUACUACCUGUUGAUGCAGAAGAAGCGCUCCUAUCCGGUUCUCCCCUGGCUGCCCUACAACGGCGACAAGCGGAAGCGCUUCCCGGUGGCCAAGCGUAGCACCUCCAGCUCCAGUCCAGAGUCACCGCUGGGCAGAACAGAUGAGCGGGUAGCCCAGGAGCUAAGCGAGCUCUUUGGCAAGCCCAGCGAAUCGCAGUCGCAUCCCGAGGAGAAACGCAAGCGUUCAGCAGAUGAGCCCAAGGCCACCACCACACGUACUCCCGAGUCGCCGCCAGCCACGGCCACAGCUCUGGGUGAUAUGCGUCUGGAGAUUAACUUCCAGCGGGUGAAUGUGACCAGUGUUACGCCCAAGGAGGCGCCUACCCUCUCCCCUCCCUCUGGCCCCGGAGAGAUGGUACAACAUGGCGGUCAUGCUGGACACCAUGGUGGUCAUGUCCCUGGAAUGUUGCCGGAAUAUCGCCAUCGAAAGCGUAGUGACCACAAUCACGGCGAGAAUCCUGAGAAUCCUGAGGAACCGGAAACCGAUGAGCAUGAUGAGGAGGGUGAGGAGAGCUCCGAUGAGGAUGAUCAUGAUGAGUUUGAUGAGGAGGAUGGCGACGAAGCAGAAGAAGCCGAAGAGCGGCGACGAAAGAAGAAGCGAGCUGCUGCCGGUGGUCUCUCUGGGAUCGGGGAAAACUCCAAGCACCUGCAUGCCCCCACCGUGGGCCACCUGAUGCUCCGAGCCAAGAAAUCCAUUGAUUGGUCCCAGUACUUUGGGUUGGAUCGCAAAAAGAAGUCCUCCGCCCAGGGCAAUGAACAACUAAAAAAACGCAGCGAUGCGGACACCAGCCAUGACGAGGACGACGAUGACGAUGAUGACACCGAUGAUAAGUCCGGGGAGGAGAAGAAAAAGCGCAACAAUCUGGAUGUCGAGAAGCUGGAGAGCAUGGACAAGAAGCUGCAGUCCAUCGAGGACUUUAUCAUUGACGAGACCAUCAAGUAUACCGGAGCCCACGAGGGUCUCAAUAGCCGGGAUGAUAUUCGCCGAAUCAAGGAUCAUGUCCUCUCCCGCCUGGCCACUGCUUACAGUCUGGAAAAGAUGCGUCGAGCUCUGGACAAGCUCAGGCGAUCGGUGGACUCUGACAAUCACCUGUUGCGCAAUGCCAUUGAACCCGAAUCGGAGGAGAACUCACUGAACUCCAACUAUUGGCAGGCCAAGAAGUCGGUGAAGAAGGACCAGGCUGAUGAGGAGGAAGCAGAGCAGGAGGGUGUGGUGAGACAUCCCAAGGAUAUGGAUAAGAAAAAGCGCAGUGGCGGAUAUCUACGAUAUCCAGAGCAGCCAAACACCAUGGAGGAGGCCCUCAGUCUGGGAGGUGCACCCUACGAGACGCUCAACGAUGCCUAUUUGGGCAACAAGAACUACAUCAUAGGCUCCAACCAGUGUCCCAUUAUAGAAUCCAUGGCGGAGAGAUGCCGCGGAGUGGAUCUGAUCUCUGGGGACAUCAACCAGGAGCUGUUGCCACUCUGUGGAGUCCAUCAAAUAUGUUAUCUUUGUGGAGCCUCUCAGGUUGCCUGCGACUACCAGUAUCUGGCGGAGGCGGAUGGCAUCUGUGGCGACAGCAACGAUUGCCAAUCGGCGGCCAGAUCCAUCCUGAUGAUCCUGCGUGGUUCCCCCGGCCGGCAGCUGGGUCCCAGGGAAUGCUUGAAAAAUCCCUGCCUGUACAGGGCAAUGCGGGAGAUUGGGCUUUAAGCGGUUUUUCCAAAGCAGACUGCCGCCCAGCGUUUUCCUAACGUCUUUUUGUGUGCGUUUAAAAAGAAAAACCAAAAUCGAAAACAUAAAAUAAAUAAAACCAAUGCCAGAGAGAGAGAAGAUAUAAAAAUGAGCCCAAAAAAGGAUAUAUAAGAAAUGAAACCACGCUGAACUUAGCAAGAUCAAAUAUUUGAUUCAAAACUAAAAUAUUUUGAUGGAUUUUCCUGACUGCUGUCUGGCGGCAGCAGCAGCCAACUAGAGUUUACCAGAUACCUAAAGAGAUCAUAUAUAUAUAUAUAUAUAUUAUAAUAUAUAUGUAUACAAACAAUAACGAUUCAGUUCAAGGCUCUUUAAUUUGUUUUGAUUUGAAACAGAAAAUAGAAAUAUAAACAGAAUUUUUCGAAACAUAUUUGCAAGUUAUAUAUGCAUGUUUAAAUGUACAAAAAAGUGAUCAUAACCGAAACAUAUAUAAUGUAUAUGUAUGUGCGUGUAAUUAAUCCACAAGAAACAGAAACAGCUUUUUAAGUAACACUUCUUAAAUUCGCUUGACGACAUUCGGGAAUGAAAAAUGUAAAGCCCAGCUCACAAUUGGCAGCUAGUCCCCCAGAUCAAACUUGUAACCAGCUUUCGUUUGACUUGGAUGUGCAGAGAACAUACAUACCACAUAAUAUACUAUAUAUAUAUAUAUCGAUUUUAGCAUAAAAUACACUUGGGAAUGAUGAUGAGUGACAAGGAGCUAAGGGGGUAUCCUAUCCAACUCUUCUUAUCAGGAAUCUCUUUCUCUCUUCACCCCGUGAAUGUGUUUCAAAGUGCAUACAAUAAGAACAACAGCAUGACUAAGACAAAUAUUUUAUGCUCUUAAAACAAAUCUAUAGAUGUGAUUAUAUAAUAUAUACACGCGACAGGAGUUUAAUAAAUGUGUAAAUCUUUUAGUAAUGGCAAAUAACAACAGGGUCUCAUUGACAUCCGAGGCUUUACGGUUGCUAAAUCAAAAUAUUAUUAAUGUGUAUUUACAUAUAAACGAACAAAUAUAUAUAUAUAUUUAAACUUGAUGUAUAUGCUACAGUUUGCGUAAACAAAAAAAAGAAAACCAAAACCAAAAGAAAAUAUUUGAAAAUAUUUAUUGCUAUACAGUUAUCAUAAAUGUCGAAUAUAAAUGUGGGAUUGGACCCUAGAGAA